AGGACGCUUUCCCCAACUUUCUGUAAGUGGAUGUAUUACAGGUUCAGGCUACUUCAUGCUCUAAUUAAACAACUGACCGAUCGUAUUUACUGUCAGGGCCAUCAAUGGGAUAUUGUUUCUACAGGAACAACCGACGGAUCUGCAGAAUGAUUGCUUCGGACAGCAUUACAAUACGGUCAUGGAGGCAAUGAGGCAAUGUAUCUUGUGUCUAGAGGAGGAGGCGAUUGAAACGCGAAUAGGAUCAAUUCGAAAGUGGAAGGAUACAUAUGAUAUCACAUUGCGGAGGACCCGGAAUGUUGCCAAAGCGCGAGAUGCACUUCGAGACUCUGUCGAGGCAUCCGAACGAUCGUCCUUGAGGCGCCUCUUCCUGCAUGGAUGCGAGAACUUUAGCAACAAGCUACAGAUACCUCUCUCUGAAGCAGAUCAAACGUCUUCUUACAUUUUGCCUAUGUUGGGCUGUAUUAUGACGCAGCCAAAAAAGUCCAGGCUUGCCCAUACUGCAUCAACUCCAACAUCAGGAUCGUUGUUCGUGCGCAUGUACCGUGAUCUCCAGGCUCCUCCGAAACACCCCGAUCUUAUCGUGAAGCAUACAGACGCUAAUGAUAUCAGUUUCGGGGAAGUCUCCUUCUCUAGCGACUCUGCAAAAGAUACGGGAGAUUUUUGUCGCAAUUUGGUCUAAGCGUGCACUGGACCAACUACAUGCACGUUUCGAAGGAGUCGACGAUCUUGAUGUCUUGUUCUUCCAGAUUAUUUCGAUAAGGUGCAUGAUUUAUCAAAUGCGACGAUGUGGAACAAUUUGCAUGGCUGUAUACGUUGGAGAACUUGAAAUCGUACAGAGCAUCUCGGCAUUGAUUAGCUUCGAAAAGAAUCAUUUCAUAUGGUUAAGUCUGGGAGCCGCGUUUAUGAGAUUACUUGAAAAGAUGGCAAACGCAUCCCUCAGGACAAAUGCGAACCCCCCAGCCCCAUUCUACGCUGGCUUGUGCAUCCCACCAUCAAGGAGGAUGCCACAAUAAAGAAUACGCCAUAUUUCCC